CACACACACACAAGGCUUCACCUGAACGUGGACUUUCAGACACAGACUCCAGAGCCCAGACACACACACACACUGCAGCUAUCAUGGCCGAGAAGUUUGUUGGAACCUGGAAGUUGGUGGAGAGUGAGAACUUUGAUGAGUACCUCAAGGCACUGGGUGUGGGCUUUGCUCUUCGGCAGAUCGCGAGCCGAGCCAAACCAAACCAGGUGGUGACUCUGGAUGCCGACGGCACCAUAACCAUCAAGACCUUAACCACCUUCAAAAACACCGAAAUUAAGUUCAAGUUGAACGAAGAAUUCGAGCAGAUCACUGGUGAUGACAGAAAGACUAAGAACUUAGUGACCCUUGACAACGGCGUGAUGAUCCAGAGGCAGACCUGGGAUGACAAGGAGACCACCAUGGAGAGAGAGGUGGUGGACGACAAGUUCAUUGUGCGAUGCAAGGCGGGAGACGUGCUGUCGGUGCGGACGUAUGCCAGGGCCUGAGGAGGCAGAAGACAGAAGACCCUCAACAUCAGUCCUAUUCUCCUCUGCGGAUCACUGGAACAGCACUUGUGGCAUUGAGUGUGUGAGUGUGUGUGUGUGUGUGUGUGUGUGUGUGUGUGUGUGUGUGUGUGUGUGUGUGUAUACGUGUGUGUGCGUGGUUCAAUUACUGCAGUGUAUCAAUCCAGAAUAAAAGUUACUUGUCUGUA